GUAUCAAUUUCGAUAAUGGAUGUAGUACUGGCGGUAGCGUACAUACAGGUAUUUGAUUUCGACAGUCUCACAAAAAAGAUUGGAAUUGCUCUCAGGAGAGUAAUAUUACGACACACGAACGGUAUGAGGCGAAUCGCGUUUAAUCUAACUGCUCUGACCAGUGUGGGUCUGGCAGGCUGGUGCUUGGGCAAGUUCUCCGAACAGAGGCGAUGUUGGAAAGACAAUGAAACGAGCGUGUUGUCAGGGACGCGAAUCCGGAACAUGCCGGGUUUGCCUCUGUUUGGCACGGUUUCGGCGGCCACCCCUUUAACACCCACCGAAAGGAAUCUCGACAUGGGCUGCAGUGUGUCCUCGACCACCACGAGAGUGUCACAGAUUAUGAAAUUUGGUUUUCCCGGAUUGGAUCAUGUCAGGUCCUACGAGGAUUUUGUGCUAUCCUAUGACAGACGAAACAGAAUUGCUCAUUGGGUGUUUGAACACUUGUCCAAGGAUAGACUGCAGUACAACAACGAGGUGGAUCGUUCAAAAUGCGAAUUUAAACCAGAUCAGAGUAUACAUCCUUUCUUCAGGUCAGACAACACAGACUACAAGGGAAGUGGCUAUGAUCGCGGUCAUCUGGCGGCGGCUGGGAAUCACAAAGUGGACCAAAAACACAUGGAACAAACCUUCUUUCUCACGAAUAUGGCGCCACAGGUUGGAAAGGGUUUCAACAGAGAUUCCUGGAACAGAUUGGAGAAAUACGUUCGGAAAUUGACAAAUAUCUACAAGGACGUCUACGUAUGCACGGGGCCAUUAUACCUUCCUAAGAGAGAGGCGGAUGGAAAGAAAUAUGUGCGUUAUGAAGUGAUUGGCGCGAAUCAUGUGGCAGUGCCUACACAUUUUUAUAAGGUGAUCGUCGGCGAAACUAAUGAUGGUAAACUCGAAAUGGAAGCUUUUGUGAUGCCAAAUACGCCAAUUGACGAUAAUGCGCCGCUCACUAAUUUCCAGGUGCCACCCGACAGCAUUGAACGCGCUGCCGGGCUUUUAUUCUUCGACAAAAUUUCGCGUAAUAAAUUAAACAAAGUGAAUGGCAAGAAUACAAGAUAGAACUGUCCCAAUUUACUCAAUUCUCUUUUCCUAACAGAUUGACCGAAAACUCCUAAUUUUCAAUUAUUUGGAUUAUACAGUUUUAAUUUCUGACACAUCCCAUCAAGCAUAUAUUUAAGAAUCUAGUCGAUUAUUUUUUAUCUCAUUGUAUAUAAUUUUUAGAAAUUUUAUCAAACAUUGUUUUAUAUUAUUGGUACAUACUAUACAUCAUAUAGCAUGUACGAAUAUAUACAUUUUAGAUGUUCUGUAUUUUAUUGAAUAAAGAUACUUGUUGAUGCAUUAA